AUGACGCGGACAGACCGCAACAUCCUCGUGGAUGUAUCCGACGGCGUGGACGAUCUCAGCGUCUCCGGAAAUCGUGAUUCUGUCGACAGCUUUGAGCAUAUCAGCCACCCGUCGCGCUCGCAGCGCAACGGCCAACCUGAACAGCGACAGCAGGCUCCGAAUGCGAAUGCGGCGGCUCCAGCCCCGUCUGCCGGCGAGGGCAAGGCGCGUCUCAUUUACUGCAAGUCGCACGUCGCAAUCCACCCGACCCAACUUCGCCGUGACAACCUUUCGGGCCUGCUCGGCCUCGUCGAGGUCGACCGUGAGGCGCCCCGUGUGCCCGACACGGACGGCCACCGCGCAGCGACUCCCUCUGGCAAGGAGUUGCUAAUUGUUUGGGUCCCCGACGAGCUGUUCAUGCGCAUGUCUGAGGAAGAUAAGCGCAACUACCAGCGCGUCGAGGAACGUGCUACCGGUUCUCCGGCAGAAGAUGACGGCUUCGUGUUCGUUUCCCUGCCGCCGCCCCGGGGCGAAAAGUAUGCCUUUUCGUUCCCAUUGUCGAACAUUUACAGCAUUCUCCCCUCGCUCUCGCACUGGUACGGCUCCGCCACAUUCAACCUCCUCGGUGGUGUCUCGCUUCCAACGCUCUACUUCCAUGACGAUCAAACCUCACUUGUCACUACACCGCGCACUGCAGACCCGCCCACUCCCCCAUGGGGAUUCCCCCCGUUCCUCAUGGUGCUGCGCGACCACGCCACUCUUCUGCGGUCACGUCUCGUCACUGCCACAAACAACCGUGGCGGUGAGCUUUGGCUCGUGAACCCGAGCAAGAGUGACCGUGAGGUCCACGAGGCAGGCUAUGAGGAGCGUCCCAGUCGUACCGAGUCGUCGUCCUCGGUCGCCCAGCAAUACCCGCCUCAUGCCCAGUAUCCCAGUCUGUCAGCUGUGGGGAAUGCGUCGCCUCGCGAGUCUCUUCUUGUUGGCCUCUCGAAUGUGACCAACAUUGCGCGCCACGCGGCUCAGAAUGUGCUCAACCAUCCUCUGGCCAAGCCCGUUGUCCCACACCUCCCGCCCGCUUUCCGCAGCCUUGUCACUGUUCCCGGUGAGACCACCCUCAGGCCCAAGGCUGGCAACGGUAACCCCGACGUGGCGACGGAGUUUGAGGCUGCUCGUCUAUACCUCGCUCGAUGGGCGCGUGUGGUAGCCGAGGAAGGCGAACGUUCGCGCCGCGACGAAAUUGCUGCCCAAGCCGGCCGCACCGACCUUCUCACUGGUGAUGAAGACUACUCUGCUCUCGGUGUCUUUUCCAUCCUUCCAAGCACAUCAAAGCGCCCCAUGCCCCGCCCAACUCGCAAGCCCGCGGACCCCAUCACCGCCGCCGACUGGUACGGCUUUAUCACCGACGGCCGGUCCGAGCACUAUGUGCGCCGCGAGAUCUUUCGUCGCGGGUUCACCGACAGCCCAGAACCUGACCAGAUGGAGGUCCGCCGUCAAGGCUGGGAGGUGCUCCUCGGCCUGGUGCCCUGGAGCGUUGGAUGGAUUGGCGGCGGCGAAAGUGCACGCGCCCACCGCGAGAAGGCCCGUCAGGAAAUGCUGGAAGCCAAGCGUAUGGUCUAUGUCGCUCUCCUUUCCGAGUGGCGUCAGAAGACGUACAGCGGCGAGGCGCCGGACGGCUGGCGUGAGGAGUGGCAUCGUAUUGAUGUUGACUGUCGCCGUACCGACCGUACCCAGCCGAUCUAUGCCUUUACUCCCGAGGGAGAAGGUAAUGAGGAGAAGGAGGGCGGUGGUGCCGGCUCUGACAUUUGGGGAGAGGGUGACAAGGAGGAAGAGGGCGGCCACGCUAGUCUGAACCGUGGCGCUCAUGAGCUACCACGUCAACGCUCCCGAGCUCGGCUACGUCCAAGCCCAAUCUACUCCGUCCUCGGCGCCAACGAGGCCGACGCAUACUGGGGUCUCGUCGGCGUCAUGAAUAUGAUGGAGUCCAACUUUUUGCGUGACCAGAGCGGUAUGCGCAAGCAACUCAGCACGCUUCAACACCUCAUCGGUCUUAUGGACCCCGAGCUGUAUGCGCAUCUCGAAAAGACUGGUUCGCUCAACCUCUUUUUCUGUUUCCGUUGGAUCCUGAUCGCCUUCAAGCGCGAGUUCAAGUUUGAAACAGUGGUCAAGCUCUGGGAAGUGCUGUGGACAAACUACUAUUCCAACAACUUUGUCCUCUUUGUCGCCCUCGGCGUGCUCCAGUCCCACCGCGACGUCAUCAUCCGCUACCUGUCCGAGUUUGACGAGGUCCUCAAGUAUGCCAACGACCUCAGUGGCACCAUCGACCUCGACACCACUCUCGCCCAGGCCGAGGUUCUCUUCCUCCAGUUCCAGCAGGUUGUCGAAGAGAUUGACAAGGAGAACGCGACUGCUACAGACAGCGAACUCCGUCGUCGUCGCCCAGGAGCCGACACGACACCCGAGGCGAGUGGCUCGACUACUGCCGUCGAGGAACGCCACGCUCCGCGCACAAUCAGCCCCGAGCUGCGUGAGCUCCUUGAGCGCUGGCAGCCCGAGAGUGUAAACAGGGCUGGGCCCUCCAACACCACCGCCGAGCCGACUCAGUAG